CUAAAUCACUCACUUCAGAAGAACCUAGUAAAUUAGAAUUCACGUUUCCUAUAAAAAGAGCUCACUUAGAUUGUUUAGAUAGUUCACUACUUCCAAAAGUUGUAAUUGAAUGUGAUGAUGAUAAUGAAAUAUAA